CGCUGCGACGUUAGCGCCGGCGCAAAAGGAGAAGCGGCUGGAUGCAGGAAACCGGCACCACGACCACUGUGCGUGCAGGCUGUGUGCAGGCUGUGUGCGGUUGAAAGAGACACAAGCUGAGCGCUGAACAGAUGCUCGACGACUGCCCAAGUGGCGCAAUGACCUGCGCAAUCGCCUCAUCCCCAUAGUGCGCUGGGAGACGCCUUGGCUAGCCUGGAUGCAGGACAGCAUGCGCUCGCCAGCGCUCGACACCUACUUUGCCUACACAGCGAACCUUGGGACACAUACCUUCUUCAUGGUCUUCCUGCCAGUCCAGUUCUGGUGCGGCUAUACAAGCCUUGGGCGAGCCACCGUCUUCAUGCUGGCAGCUGGAAUCUACUGGAGCGGGUUCCUGAAGGACAUGCUAUGUCUGCCUCGCCCGCUAUCGCCGCCCCUCGCUCGUAUCUCCAUGUCCGGCUCAGCAGCGCUCGAGUACGGCUUUCCCUCCUCGCACUCGACGAACGCUGUCUCCGUUACAUUCUAUGCGAUAUAUAUGAUACGACAAUCAGACGAGUACAGCUCUACGGUCAACAUUGGUUUGCAGGCGCUGUUUUACCUCUACGCGGUCUCCAUCAUAGUUGGACGGCUGUAUUGUGGUAUGCACGGCUUUCUUGAUGUCCUGGUUGGAAGCACACUUGGCGCACUCAUAACCGUAUUCCAGUUGGUCUUCAGCGACUGGAUUGACUCGUGGAUUUUCAGCGGCACUUACAAGGAUCUCAUCAUAGCUACCUUGGUCGUUUUCGUCCUAGUUCGAAUUCACCCCGAGCCUGCUGACGACUGCCCAUGCUUUGACGACAGUGUUGCUUUCUCUGGUGUCGUCGUUGGCAUCAAUAUCGGCGCAUGGCACUAUGCGCAAUCAGGGUUCGCGGUUAACGACCUCUACCCGUCAACGGUGCCCUUCGAGCUUGCGCAGCUGGGGUUGCCCAAGGCUAUCAUACGGACACUGCUUGGUGUCGUCAUCAUCUUCGUAUGGAGGGCAACAGCAAAGCUGACGCUGUUUAAGAUUCUACCGCCUUUGUUCAGAUUGCUGGAACGAGGUCGCAUGAAUCUACCCCGUGCCUUCUUCCUCAACGCCUCGUCAUACACCUCGAUACCCAACAUGCGCGACGACGACAACGUCAUCCCACCCGCUUCGCAGCUACCGCAGAUGCUCAAAAACCUUGCACAUCCACGCAAACGAUCUGUAUCAGUUGGACCGCAAUCAGCUUCUGACGCAUACGAGACGCUUGCCUACCGCAACCGUCGGCGACGAGAAAGCGUUACCUCAGCUGAUGGGACGGUACUCGAGGAUCUAGAGUGGUCAUCUACGCCGCCAUCCCAAGCAGUGGCGCCUGCGGUCGAAAGAGGUCAGCCCCUGCUAGGCACCGGCAUGCUGCCUACACCAAUGGCUUCUCGAAUCCACUCAUACGAGCAGAUGAUGGGCACAGGCAACAUCAAAACCCUCGAUGGCAAAAUGGAAACGCCGCCGGACAGCGAUACGGACCUUGCAGGCGAUGCCACGCUGAAAUCUGAGGAAGAAAACGAGAAACGCGAGCUCUUUAUGAAGCUCACGAAGCCACGUGUACGGUACGAUGUUGAAGUCGUUACCAAACUGAUUGUGUACAGUGGCAUUGGCUGGUUUGCCGUGGGACUUGAUCCCAUCAUUUUCGAGCUGGUCGGCCUUGGUAUCGGCAUUCGACCAUAACCGUCGUUAUUUGUCUUUCUAUUCUGGCUUUACAUUCAUAAGAUUACCUUGAAUAUGUCACAACAUACCCGAAUGGCUGGUCCUCCUGGGACAUGAGAAUCUGAUACCCUUUCCGCGUUCGUGUCUCCUCUCGCGUUGGGUAUGGUUCAUUGCUGCCGUCGUGGCCGAACCCUCAAGUCUCACCGAGCGGAAACUUCACGUUUCCCAACGCAUACAUCUGAC